AUAAUUGAAGUUUCUUUAGUUUUCUCCGGCGGAGCCCGCACGCAGUAUUGUCCGAUCCGUGGAGGAGGAUUAAAUACACAACCGCGGGGACCAUGUUUUCCGGGAGGCUGAACGCGUGCGUGACCCUGUGUUUGUGGAUUACGGCGUUGAUGAGCGCGGGGAGUGUGUGCGCGAGGAAGCAGGACGACUCUUUCUUCACUGGCAGCAUUUACCGAGCGAGAUGCGCCUCGAGAUGCCUCAGUCUGCACAUCACUCGCAUCUCUGCUUUCUUUAAGCACUCUCAGAAUAAUGGAUCCUUGGUGUGGUGCCAGAAUCACAAGCAGUGCUCCAAGUGCCUGGAGCCGUGCAAGGAAUCCUGGGACCUGAAGGAAAACCAGUGCCAGGAUUUAUGCGAGCCCCUCUUUCCCAAGAAGCACUACGAGUGUCUCACGAGCUGUGAGUUCCUAAAGUCAGUAGAGGGAGUGAAGCAAGGAGACUGUCCUGCCCCGGAGAAGGCCAGCGGCUUUGCAGCAGCAUGCGUGGAAAGCUGUGAGGAGGAUGGAGAGUGUUCAGCCGUGAAAAAGUGCUGCUCCAACGGCUGCGGCCACACCUGCCAGCUGCCCAAGAACCUCUACAAAGGAGUUCCACUGAAGCCGAGGAAAGAGCUGGUGUUUUUGGAGCAGCCAUCGGGUCAGCUGGAGAUCCGCUGGUCUUCCAAGUUCAACAUUUCCGUGGAGCCUGUCCUCUAUGUUGUGCAGCGCCGCUGGAAUUAUGGCAUCCACCCUAGCGAGGACGAUGCCACCGAGUGGCAGACUGUGGCACAGACUGCAGAGGAGCGCGUCCAACUGGCUGACAUCAGAGCCAGCAGAUGGUACCAGUUCAGAGUCGCUGCUGUCAAUGUCCACGGGACCCGUGGCUUCACUGCGCCAAGCAAACACUUCCGCUCCUCCAGAGAUCCUUCCGCCCCUCCCAGCCCGACCAGCUUGCGCGUCACGAACGUGACGCUCGGCGACGAAGGCCUGGUGACAGCUCGCCUCAACUGGACCCUGCCGGAGGAGCCCGAUAUCCCCGUACAUCACUACAAAGUGUUCUGGAGCUGGACCGUGCCCACCAAGUCCAUGGUGCCAUCCAAGAAGAAAAGGAGAAAGACCACCAACGGGGCUCAGAGCUGGGUGGAUCUGGAGGGGCUGCAACAAAACAGCAGUUACACCGUGGAGCUGCAGGCUGUCACAUACUGGGGACAGGUGCGCCUGAAGAGCACCAAGGCUUCUCUCCACUUCAGCACCUCCCAGAAUAAUGAGUCAGCAAAAUCAGUGCUCAAGUCAAAGAAGGAGGAGAUAUCGCCUCUUAGUUCGACCAUGGCUAAACGCCCUUCUGGCCCUCUGGAGGUAGGCACGCCUUUCUACCAGGACGGCCAGCUGCAGGUCCGCGUCUACUGGAAGAACCGGGGAGAUCCCUCUGUGAGUCGCUACCACGUCCAGUGGAUGCCGGAGUACUGCAGCCACAACGAGACCCGAGGACCAGAGAAAUCAGUCACGCAGGAGAACUACAUCAACCUCCCGGGCCUGCUGUUCUCCUGCAAGUACAAAGUCACUGUUCACAUGCUCAAGUCCAAGAGACGCUCCAAGGACGAGAGCACCACCUUCCUCACCCCGUCCUGCGCCACCAUCCGGAGCAAGACUCACAAACACAUCCCCUGCCCGGGGGAGGGAGCUCUGGGGCUUCCAAAGGUUUUGGCUAAGCCGGAGAACCUGACGGCGUCUUUCUCCAUCAACGAGGGAAACAUCACCGGCAACUUCCUGUGGCGCGUGUCCAGGGUGGCUCCCCAUCAGCGGAUCACGGGCUUCCAGGUCACCUGGGCUGAGAUCACCACCGAAAGCCGGCAAAACAGCCUCCCCAACAGCAUCAUCUCCCAGUCCCAGAUUCUGCCUCCAGAUCAUAACUUGCUCGUAGUGUCCAACUUGCGACCAUCCACCUACUACAGACUGGAGGUGCAGGUCAUAACGACUGGAGGAGAAGGUCCAGCCACGGUCAAGACCUUCCAGACCCCGAACAUAUUACCCGUCAUUCAACACCGACCCAGACUCCGGCAGCACCACUCUCACCACCAGAAGCCAUCAGUAGAGAGGCACUGAGUCGCAAGUGGAGGUGAACCCUUAAUAGGGAGAAGUACCAGUGGCUCUCUGCUCCUGUCUGUCAAGGAAGGAAUGUGUGGAACCAAACAGAAACAGCGCACCAGACCAUGAACUGACCCCCCUCCCUGAUCGUGAAAUAUGGGUCCAUCCUCUCUAGGCUCCGCAAAAAAAAAAAAAAACACAUCAGCUAUUCCUACUUAAACUCUCUCUCUCUCUCUUGACUGAUAACGCAUCACCGGACGGGCUCGGCCUGUACAGUGAAAUUCAUACCGCAAAGGGUUUCAUAUUCUGCGUUGGUUAGCACGCCCCCCCUCACACCUCAUCAUGAAGUUAUGAAAUAUUAAAAGUAAGACCCAGGAAACGCCUACAAAUGCUGUCAUUGUGUGCAGCGACGAGAUAUUAUAUCGAAAAAUUGAAAUCAGAUGAUUCAUGUCGAGCAAUUAGUUCACGGCUUUAAAGAAAAACAACUCCUCUGGCGACUCGAUUGAAGACUGUUGAAUUGUUUAUCCGUGAAGAAAGAAAAGUAUAAAUCCCUCUUAUUUAUUUUGUGUUACCCAUUAAAGAGGCGCUUAGGCACACAGUCAGUACUGAUGGAUGAUGUAACUAAAAAGUAAAAGUCAUUGUUGUCUAACCCAGAAUAUUUCACAUAGUAUGUUGCAUGUAGUACAUUUGAUUUUUUUCUUUGAAGCUGUAAAUGAAUUACGCGCUUCAAAUUGAAAGCUCGUAAUGGUUUUGCAUGACAACCGUUAGCAUUCUGUUGGCAUGAAAUAACGUCUGUGUUACCUCCUUUUUCAAUAUGUUAGCAAUAUUUCAUUAACAGAUUAACAAAGAAUUAUAUUGGGAGUAAUACGUAAUGUUUAUUAAUGAAAUUAUAACUCGUGUGGAAAUGAUGAAUUGUACAUGUUCUUGGCUGUAGAAAUAUUUGUCGUGGAACAGUCAGUGAAUGUCUAUAUUUAUUUAUGUGUGUAUUACAAAGUUUGGUUUGGAUGUGUGUGAAUGUGUAUGUUCUUUUUUUUUGUUUUUUGUGUGUGUGUGUGUGUGUGUGUUCUAGUCUCAAGUUUUUGAACCCGGCAAAAAAAAAAAAAAUACUUGUAAAGACAUUUUGUAAAAAUGGAAUUGUAAAUACAGUCUUAUGUUACAUGUUAUUUUUCCAUGGUAGAAAACUGUACAAAAUGCUAAGUAAUAAAAUAAUCCUUAA